UUUUUUUUUAAUUGAAUUUUUCAAUAAAUUAACAUGGAAGAUUUAAAACAAGCUGUUAGACAAUACGAGGAACAACUAUUUCAAGUUCAACAAGCACUGAUCCAAGCAACUGGUUCAGAAAGAGAAAACUUAUUAAGUUUGCAGUCCGAUCUUGAAGAACUAAUACAACUUACAGAGACAGAGGAAAAUGUUGAAAGUACAGACGAUUUAGAACAGAGAUCGAGUGAUUUAAAUGAAGGGCCCAAAACUCAUUUAGACGACGAGUAUGACUUAUUUAAGGCUGAACUGGCUAAAUUAGAUGAGUCGACAAACGUCGACAGUUCAGAAUCUGUUGUGCAAUCAUCGAAUAGUUUUGAAGACGAAUUAAAGGCUAUUGAAGGUACCAAAUGUCGAGCUCCACAUGGCAGCAGUUGGGGUGGUACCGGAUAUCACAAUGCUAUGGUUUGCUCGGUAUACAAAAAUGAUGAUAAUUUUUCAAGUCUCAAUGACAUAAUGGUUAGGGUAUUAUUUAUUAAUCCAACACACAAGGAAAUGCUACCAUGUCCUUAUUUUUUGGAUGGAUCGUGCAAAUUUUCCGAAGAACAAUGUCAUUUUUCUCAUGGAGCGCUUAUUCCAUUCACUAGUAUUCAAGAAUACAAAGAACCAGAUUUUUCAAGUAUAAAGAUGGGAAGCAGAGUUUUAGCCAAACAAAAGAAUAAAUUAUGGCAUAGAAGCGUUGUUUUAAAGACCCCUGGUGAUCAGAAUGAUCAGUAUGAAGUUAAAUUCGAAGCUAGUGGUAAUGUAAUUGAAGUUGGAAUACAUGAUUUGCUUCCUCUUGAUGACGACGGAUUGGAAAUGUCAGAUUCAUCCGAUGAUAGUGAUUAUGAUUAUGAAAUGAAGAAUUGUAAUAACGAGGAAAUUGUACAUAAAGCACUUUUAACAGUCAAUUCUACUGAACGUCUUGGUAGUUGGGAAGAUCAUACUCGUGGGAUUGGCAGUAAAUUAAUGGCGAAAAUGGGCUACAUUACUGGUACAGGCUUAGGUAAAAGAGCCGAUGGCAGAGUAAAUCCUGUUGAAGCCACCGUUCUACCAGCUGGAAAAUCGUUAGAUCACUGCAUGAAUUUAAGAGAAAAUGCUGGCGGAGACAAGAAUUUAUUCAGCGUUGAACGGAAAAUACAAAGACAGAAAAGAAAAAUGGAAGAGCAAAGACAAAAAGAAUAUAUAAGGGAGAAGCAACGUGAAAAAAAUAAUGUUUUUAAUUUUAUGAAUUCUGCUUUUGGAAAUAAAUCAUUAAAAUCAGAGCCAAGCAGUUCAAAAACUCAUAAGGAAUUAAAAAUGGAAUCUAAUAAAAAUUUGAGUAUAGCCAGUUAUGAAAUUGGAGAAAAUAUUUCAAGAUUAGAAAAAGAAUCUUCGAAACUUCAAAAUAAUUUAACGCAAUUUAGUAAAGGAAGCGUACACUAUAAUAAUAUUGUUUCCAAAUACAAUGAAACACAAAAACAAAUUACAAAAUUAAGAGCUUCGGAGAAAAGGAUAUCAGCAGAACAAAAUCAACGAAAAUUUAAAGCAAAAUUAACAGAAUUUUAAA